ACACUGUAAUCGGAGGGGGAGGCGUUUGGCUCGGUGAAGACGGGGAGCGAGCGAGCGGAGAGGAGUAUAAUCAUUGUAACGCCUUUGUGCGCCUCCGCAACCCCGGAUUCUCGUCACCGAGGGCGGCUGCAGUGGAGAGUGGCUUCACCAGUGUCACGAAUCCGGAUUUCCCCAGUCCUUUGCCGGCAGAGAGGGUGGGGAGGACCGGGGACAGGAGACAAGCCAAUGUAAGCUCAGCUGCUGUCCAGCGCUGUCAUUUUGACCUGGCAACUGUUUUCCUGCUGUCCCUGCAUCCCUCAGAUUGUCCCCUCCAUCCGGUCACAUUAGUGUUCAGAGAGAGCCCUGUCUGCACACCGCCAGUCAGUUUUCUCCUGUGUUGGUGUAUUCUGAUGGAUCAGUAUGUCUACCACUAAUAAUAUCGCCCAGGCCAGGAAACUGGUGGAACAGCUGAGGAUUGAGGCAGGAAUUGAACGUAUUAAGGUAUCUAAAGCAGCAGCAGACCUGAUGAGUUACUGUGAGCAGCACGCUCGUAGCGACCCUCUGCUGGUUGGGGUGCCCACCUCUGAAAACCCUUUCAAGGACAAGAAGCCUUGCAUCAUCCUAUAGCUUCUCUCCACUUUUUCUGCCUUUACACACACACACAAACACACACUCACAAAUACUCAUGCACAUAUAGCAUAAACAUUCACAUUUGCCAUCAAGACCAGUCCACAGACUUCCCCAGACACACAACUUUAAGCAGCACUAUUUGAUCUUUGGGGCUCCAUGCACACACAAACACACACACUCCUGAAGCAGCCUCUCUGGAACAGCGCCAUACCCCAGAGCCACAGCUAGGAGGCAGGUAUCUUGUGUUCACAGUGGCUGAGAUCACUAAUUUGCAGAUAUGGUCCUAGGUGCUUUGGUAAUAUUCACCUAUGCUGGUGAAUUAGCUACAGCUUAACUUUAAAAAGGGAUUGGAACAUUGAUAAUCAGUAGGAAACCUGUUUUUUUUCCUUCUUUCAUCAUGAAACAAGGUGUUGGGUAAAGAAUGGGUGACUGUAGCAUUGGCAGGCAGUGGAAGGAUGCAUAUAAGCAACAGACAUGAGUGGUAGGCCGAGGCCAAAUGUGCCAAACACGACCUGGUGUUGCAUUAAAAGCUCAGUAAAUGCUUCUUUUUUUGUGGGAAUUUAAAAAAGAAUAUUCAAAGAGCUUUGUUCUUUUCAGAACAACUGACUAAAGCCUUUGCCUUUCUCAGACUAGAGCAUGUUUCCACACCCAAACCUGUAUCAACAGACCUUCUCUGCCUGUGGCCUCACUGUGGCUGUCUGCAGCCUUUGGCCAAGCCUCCAGCUGUGCCAGCCUGUACAAAAAGUCAUUUCUAGUUGCCGAUCUGCUGUCACGGAUUCCACUGCAGUUCAUGAUGGCUGCCGUUGGUUCAAAUCGAUGUCUUAGCUGACCUCAGAUCUGCACCUAUGAGAGGAACACAGUGAACGGCUCUACACACAACUCAAGCUAUUAACCUUGGACGUUUACUGCAUUUUUCUUAAGAAAUACUUGUUUGUGAACUCAGUGUAUGUUUAGUUUUUUUUAAAACAUUACUUAACAUAUAAGAUGAUAGUGUAUGUUUUUUUUUUUAUUAUAUUUUCUUUGUCAUAGGUGUUACCCCUGGCUGAUCAGGUUUCUUUUCCUGCUUGUGUUAAUGAAAUAACAAGAGAUCUGGUUGUCAGUCAGAAGUGACACCUAACCAGAUGUUAAAGAAAGGUUUCUACUGUACAUCAAACCUCCCUGUGCUUUAUCCUGAGAGACGGCGAAGUCACAGACUGACCACAUCAGAGAUACAGAGCUGAAGGAGAUAAUUCAGACUUAAAGUUUGUUAUUGUCUCAGUUCAUAUUUGAUUCCUUUAGUUGUCAACUUCUGUAAAUUGAACACAACUAAAGAAGAAAGGUAAAAUUCACUGGACAAUGCAACAAUAGACAUUUAGAGAAGGGUUUGUGUCAUGUUUUGAAUGCAUAGUCACUCUGGCUAUAAAUCAUAUUACCAGGCUUCACCAGCCUUCGAAGUUUCCAGUCUCUAAUGUGAGUUCAGCCAGUAGGAGCUGGCAGCCCUCCUUCUGUGUCCUUCUCUUCUCCAACCCUCCUCUUCUCUGACAAACCAAACUUGAUUGUAAAAACUGAAAACGAAGAAGAAAAAAAUGGCAUUAAGAGAAACUAACUAAGUGUAUAAACUUUCUUUCACACAUGUGCAGAAGUGAUAAGUUGAAGAGUAGCUGUUUUGGGUUUAUUUUUCUGAGUUUUCUUCUUUAUAUGGAGUCCAUGGAACCUGGUCAGUUGAGUAUUAUUACCCUGUACAGUGUUUGUAAGAUACAAAAUCUAAACACAGAAAUUCCCUCUGUGGCUGUUGGGACUUUUUAGUACUAACUAUUCUGUUCUGUUAGUCAAAAUCAUGUCUGUCUUCUCAUUUUUGUUGUCAUCGAGGUUCUAAAGGCUUGUGAUAAUGGAGGUUGGUUUCAUAUAUAUAUAUAUAUAUAUAUAUAUAGUAUAGUGAUCUGCAGUGAUGAGGAAUAUAUAGCAUAACAGGUAACAGUAAGAAAAGCCCUGUUAGAUUUAGGAUUGUGACUUCUUAGGGAAUUAAUCAACAUCGGACCUCAUUCCAGUGGCGAAAACCAACCUCCUGAUCCGACCUUUGACACCAGCUCUACUUUAUUUUUUUUUUUUUUUAUAUUUUUUUGUAUUGAUUUUGGGCAAUGGGCAACUAAUAUAACACAUACAUUACAUAAAAUCUCUCUUGCAGGUGCUUUUCAAGCUUGAGGGAUGAUAGUAAAGGAUUACAUUCAACAGAGCUGUAAGGCCUAACACUGGGGCCUGAUUUUGAAAGAAAAUUGCUAAUAAAAGGGAGAUUUUUGCAAUCACAUUUACAUUUCAGCACCUGGCUAAAGCCUUGUCAAAAGUAGCAUAUAGUAAAAGAGCAGGGAGCAGUCGUUUGGGCAGCACAUGGAUUUGCUGGUAGACUGUCGCCCGGGAUGAUCCUGCCGUUUCUCUGUUCUGACAUUGAUGAGACCCAGCUGCUAGACUGACAUUUGGAGGUUUGGAGAUCUUUAGGUCAUGAGAGAUUCUUUUUGUCCACACUAUGUAAUUUGCCAGAACUGAUGUUACACAAAUCAGUGAUAAACAGACAGUAGGGAAAGAGGCAAGCUAUAUAGUUCUUAUUGUCAGAGAAAUCAGGAUUUUUCCAAAAUGCCUAAGAGCAGGAGCUGGAAAAGGGCCACAGAGAGCUGGAGUGUAUGAGUUUGUGUGCAUGUGUGUAUAUGCUGCUGUUUGGUUGCUGAAAAGGAUUAGAAGAAGUGAUAACAAAGGAAGAUGCAUAUGUGUGUUUGCAGGAGAACUGUGAUGAUGAAGACCAUACAGUGCAUCCAGAGCUGCAGUGCUCAUUUAUUUUGUCAGAGGCCUUUGAGUGCACUUCGUAGAAAAAAACAAAAAAGAAUCAUGUUGCAAGCUGAAAUUAUUCUUUUGAAAUAUGGGAAGCUAAUUUUAAUGUAAUGACAAUUACAACCUUGAAGAUAUUGACAAAACGGAUAGAUUUCUUAUUUAAAGGAUCUCCUCUACUACUUUUUUUUAAAACUCUGUGCUUGUCUUGGCUAAAUUUAUUAGCAACAGGUUAUUUUUACUGGUCAUUGACGCCGAUUGAACCUGAAGGAAUAGCUUGACACCCAAAUAAAUGUGCAUUUUUGCUCCUAGCAAGAGUGAGAUGAGACAUUCAAACAAAUCUAUACUGUAGCCUGUUUGUUCACGAUGAAGCUAAAUCAAACAGUUAACCUUACUAAGUUUAAAGAGCGAUAACAGGAGAACAAAGCUAGCUCAUGAUUUAGCAGUAUUUAUCUUUUUGUUGUUUUUUCAGUUCCAUGAAGCAGCAAAAGUUAAAGGAGCUGGAAGAUUUUGUAUUUGCGAGGUGAGUUGCAGAUUGAGCUGUUUUCUCUUUGUUUGUGGUCUUAAUGCUAGUUUGGCUGAGUCGGCUGCUCUCACUGGUUUUAGAUUUAGUAACUGUAAGAAGCAAGAAUAAAUGAGUCUUGUCAUCUACAUGCUAGUUUAGACAAGAAAGCCAGUGUCUUUAUCAAAAUAUCAAAGUAUUACAUUCAACUCCUUCAUCUCUUAAACAAUGGUUAUAUCUGAUUUAGGGUCAAAUGAAUGCUGAUUUUCUUUAAAAUGCAACUAGUUAUUAUGCCAAUAUAAAAAGGAUAUAAGUUUCCAAAUCCCAAGCAGAAUACUCAUCAAGUAUGAGGAAUAUGUGACUUGAUGCUAUUUUUUAAGGUAAAGGAAAUGUAAUUCCUUACUGCUGCACAGGUUUGGAUAAACUUUCAGCAAGCAUGCACGUCAUAUCAGUACACUCACACAAACUAGUGUUGUCCUACAAAAAAACAAAAAAAAAAAAAAACAAACAAAAAAACAUCUGAUAUGCUUUUUUUUAUCAUUGUUUUCAUUUUCUCAAUCAUUCCAUCCCUGCUGGGGCUACAAUCAAAGACAGACGGCCUGAAUUGCUGCGUUGGCCGACAGUAUGUCUGAUAAUUGGUUGUUAGUUUGCCUUAUAGUGGCGUAUCUUGUGUUACAAUGCUGGUCUUGGAGUUAUCAGAUCAUCAGAAUGAACUGUCUUUAACAUGGAACACAUGACUCAACCUGGAAACUGUUGUUGUGACUCCGGGUGAGCCUGAAGAAAUUCCUUUCUGCCUGGUGAGGAGAGUUGAAGCUCCCCACCAGUAGACUUUCAUAUCAAACAUUACUCAUUUGGCUCCGAGCCCUUCGUGAGACUCAUCUUUUGUGUUCUGAUCUCCUGUGUAUGCAUACAGUUUAUGUAUCUUUUUGCCUUGAUUGAUUAUGAAGAAAAUUUAUCUAUUUUUUGUAACUGUUCUCUGAUGUGCCAUAACUCAUGUUUUCUUGCACACUGUUAAUAUUUUGUGGAUAUUGCUGUUAAAAAAGAUGAUAUUGAGAAGUAGAUAACAUUAAUAAAAAGAUGAUAUGAUAACACAAA